CAUUUCGUGCGCCUUGCGGGCAAGAUCAAUUAAAGUGGCGAGACUUUGCUAUUUCUGUGUUAAUUGGAGCUUUGGGAAAUUAUUCAUAAGGCAAAUUAUGGGACUUAAAGUAAUCUCCAUUUAUAUCAUCUCAUCAAUUAUUGGGGUGUGUUUUGCCAAUGCUGCCACCCAGAGAGCAACAGACACAACAAUAUCUCCGCGCCAUGACGAAACAGUGCGCCAAAGUCACCCAAUUCUCAGGUACUUCUACGAGCCGCAUCUCACGCUACAGGAGCGCCUGGCUAUCGAGCGGGAGACCUGGCAUUGGCAUCCGUGGAGGAGAAUCGAGUGGCGCCAGGCGGAGAAUGGCAGCCAAGAGGAGAAGAGCUGUGAAUCCCCGUCGUCGAUUGAUGAGUUCCCCGAAGAUAUAUUUACGCAAAGCCAGAGACUGCAGGGCGGCAUCUUGCUUCACUUCCUGGCCACCGUGUACUUCUUCACAUUCCUGGCUGUUGUCGUGGAUGACUUCUUCCUGCCGUCCGUCGAGUGCAUCUGCGUGCAACUGAAGAUAUCCAAAGACGUCGCCGCCGCAACGUUCAUGGCGACAGCGACGACGAUGCCCGAGUUCUUCACCAACUGCCUGUCCACUUUCCUCACGGGCUCGGACAUGGGCCUCGGCACGAUCAUCGGAUCGCUGCUGUUCAACACUCUGGGCGUCGCAGCGCUCGCGGGCAUCGCCACCACGAGGCCAGUGCAGCUGGACUGGUGGCCGCUCGUCAGAGACUGCUCCCUGUACGUGAUUAACAUAAGCCUGCUCACGGUCUUCGCGUGGGACGGCCGAAUCUACUGGAGCGAAUCGCUGAUUCUCUUCAUCUUGUACUUCCUCUACUUUGUCAUCCUCUUCCAAGACAAACGAAUAUCCGAAGCCGUGAAAUUUGUCUGUGAAGAGAAGCUGAAUUGCUGCACCAACAGAGCUUCUCACGAUUUGGAGCAACCCAAACCAUCGAACGACUGUAAGGGAAGAGAAACGGUCGACGAUGAUGGAGCAAAAAGCGAUAAAAUCCCAAAUCUCUCCACCAAAUCUCCCAAAGAGAUACAAGAGUGCGGCUCGAGCUUGUGGACAAUUCGUCGCGGAAGUGCUCUGCAGACCAUCUGGUGGUUGUACACGUGGCCAAUCCACCUCGUGCUGACAUUCCUUGUGCCAAAUCCCCGCACGAAUCGCAAGCUCUAUCCGCUCACAUUUAUCCUCUGCAUCAUCCUAAUUGGAGGCAAUUCGUACAUGAUCUACUUCAUGAUUUCCAUCAUCGGACACACGUUCAGCAUCCCCGAAUCUGUGAUGGGACUCACAUUUGUCGCCGCUGGCGGAUGUUUGCCGGAGGCAAUUUCCUGCAUCAUCACGAUUCGCAGCGGAGAGGGUGGAAUGGGGGUAUCCAACGCCCUGGGCGCCAACUCUCUGGCCAUCCUGCUGUCGCUGGGCCUGCCGUGGUUCAUUCGCAAUACAAUUACGCGUCAGCACGACCAAGACGCGUACAUCAACAUCUACUCGUACGGAAUCGAGGUGACAAUCUUAUCGCUCCUGCUCGCCGUUGGGGUGCUCUUUCUCGUUAUCAGUCUCGGUCGCUAUGAACUGAAGCGCUCAGUUGGCGCGAUCUUGCUCACAAUCUAUCUCAUCUUCCUCACAUUGGCCAUCCUCAUCGAAAUGGACGUAUUCUUCCCGUCCGGCAACGUUUGCUGACGACCAUUCAUCGCCUCCCAAUCUCCACGCAAUGUGAUAAGCACUCAUCGUGUAUGUAGUUUUGAAUAAACGCACAACUGUGACACCCCAAAUCAGUGCAUUUCGUGGUAAUUGAACUCCUUGCAGCCAGCGCCAUAUCUGAUUACGAGUGAUUGAUACAA